AUGGCUUCUGGAGGCGAAGAGCUCUGGCGCGAGUGCGCGUCCUGGUUAACAAGAUGUGGCUUGCUGCGUCCGGACCACAAGGCAAAUUGGGAAACAAGCACCAUCCACGAUCUGGCAUAUACACUACGCGAUGGUGUUCUGUUGUGCAAUCUCCUAAAUGUAUUGCACCCUGGCUGUAUUGAUAUGAAGGACGUUAAUCAGCGACCCCAGAUGGCACAGUUUCUUUGCAUGAGGAAUAUAAAAGUGUUUCUCCGCACAUGUCAUGAGGAUUUUGAGCUGCGGGAAACAGAUUUGUUUGACCCAUCAAUGCUCUUUGACCUAUCCAACUUCCACAGAGUGUUGUGUACAUUGGCCAAACUUAGCCAGUGUGCCAAAUCAUUAGCUAAAAAUAUAAAACCAUUCUCAGCGCACAGAACACAGUCUGAAGAAGAUAUUUAUAAAGAUCUGCAGACAGUUGCGAACAUGUCGCUCGAAGCACCAAAUUACAUCGUAAAUGAGUCUCAAGAGAGACCAGCACCAGCCGAAGUUCCCUGGGUCCAGUUUACCAUACCCAAUGCUACUUGUGAAGACAGAGUUGAGGAGAUAUAUGAGGAUCUGUGCUAUGUCAAGUUUACUUCUGCCAUGCCUGAGCUUGCAACAUCGUCGCACAGCCUAGAGAAACGUGAUUAUGUUAUAAGGGAGCUAGUGGAUACGGAAUGCAAUUACGUUGACGUGCUGAGUAAAAUAAUUAAAUACUUCCUGAGACCGCUCACACCGUAUCUCAAACCUCAAGACUUGCAAGUUAUAUUUUUUGGUAUUAAGGAGUUACACGAGAUCCAUUCGGGCUUACUGCGUCAGCUUCGCUUGGCGACGGAAGCGUGCGUGCCCGGGACCGGUACACCAAGACUGGCAGACGUGUUCCUGGCGUGGCGGGAGCGCCUGCUGCUGUACGGCGACUACUGCUCCAACCUCACCCAUGCUCAGGACACGCUCAAGACCCUUGAUGCGAGGGACAACACCUUCUCUAAGCAGCUGGCGAAAUGUCAAAAGGAACACAGCGACGGCCGUAUACAACUGCGGGACAUACUAUCUGUCCCGAUGCAGCGAGUGUUGAAGUACCAUCUGCUGUUGGACAAGCUUGUGCACGAGACGCAGCCGAAUCAUGAGGACUUCCGAGGACUAGAACGCGCGAAAGAGGCUAUGGUCGACGUCGCGCAAUAUAUCAACGAAGUGAAGAGGGAUAGCGAAGUUUUAACGCUGCUUGCUAAAGUGCAGGAGAGCAUAAUCGAUUGGGAGUAUGGCGAGUUAGGGGCGGGCGGUGCUGGGCUGGCCGCGUACGGCCGCCUGCUGCUGGACGGCGAGCUCAAGGUCAAGGCUCACGAGGACCAGAAGCUGCGCUCCAGAUACGUCUUCGUAUUCGACAAGCUCAUGUUGCUCUGCAAACCUGUCAAGGACAACCAGUACUCGUACCGCGUGGGCGUGCGACUGGCCGAGUACCGUGUGGAGGAGGCGAGCGCGCGGCGCACGCUUCGUGGCGACGCGCGCUGGACCGCGCACUUCUACCUCGUGCGCCGCAACAAGCGCACCACCUUCACGCUGUACGCACGCACCGACGACUGCCGCCGCAAGUGGCUCAAGGCCAUCCGCGACGCCAUUGAUAACCUCGAGCCAGCAGGUUGCCGGAGCACAAAUCACAAGUUCGUUCUGCACACAUUCGAAAAGCCAGCCACAUGCCACCAUUGUUCAAAAUUUCUCAAAGGAAGAAUAUUCCAGGGCUACUUGUGCUCGGUGUGCAACGCAUGUGCGCACAAGGACUGCAUCGCGCUGUCGGGGCGCUGUGGCGGCAGCCUGGCGCCCACGCCCCCGCUGCCGCCGCAAUCGCACCAGCCCGACCAGGCUCUGCACUACUACAUGUGGUACGUGGGCGAGAUGGGGCGAGAGACGGCGACGGCGCGGCUGGAGCGGCGCGUGGACGGCACCUUCCUGCUGCGCGUGCGCCCGCGCGCCGCGCUGCACUCGCCCACCGACACGCACUACGCGCUCUCGCUCAAGACGGACAACACGGUGAAGCAUAUGCGCGUGUGCCGCAAGCCCAUCGACCAGGUGCCGCACUACUACCUCUCCGAAUCGCGCUUCUUCCGCAGCGUCGUCGAGCUCGUCUGCUACUACGAGAUGACCAGCCUCUCUGAAAACUUCGUCGGGUUGAAUUCGAAGCUGCGCUGGCCGUUCCGGCGCGUGGUGGCGACGGUGGUGCACGACUUCCGGCCGCUGGAGGCCUCCCAGCUGGCGCUGCGGCCCGGCGCCAAGCUGCUCGUGCUCAGCAAGGAGGGCGACAGCCGCGGCUGGUGGAAGGGCAGGACGCUCGACAAGGACGACAACCGGUCCGGCUACUUCCCGAAGGAGUGCGUGCGCGAGGAGCCCGAGUGCAUCGGCGCACUGGACUGA